GUAGAAAACAAAAAAAUAAUAACACGUCUCUUAUUUGCCGAAGCAUCUCGCAAGGGUGAAGCAACGAUACCGAGGGACGAAUGGAGUGAUUAAUUCUGGUUCUGCAGAACUCACAAAACCCUCCAAAAUUUCCCGAAUCCAAUGCAAUUGGGUUGAGAUGUUUAACUUUGGUUUACAUUUCGGUAGGAAAACGAGUACCAGGAAAGAAACAAAACGACCUUGCGACCGUGCGAUCGAACAGUGAUUCUGUUUCCCUUGACGAAACCAAACGAAUGUGAAAUUCAUCAAAACAUAGAUUUUCCUCCUGUGAGGUGAACAGUGCGUUUUGCACCAAAAAAGAAAGAGAGAUAGAGAGAGAAAACACGAAAAGAUAAAAAAAGCGAAAACCAACCAACGAAAACGCGAAACGAAGCGAAACUGGGACGCAGAGAACAGGACGAUUAGUCUUCCCUCUGUCUGCUCCAGAAAGAAAAGCCAAUAGCAAUCGAAACAAUAGCAAACAGGCUAACAACGACCGAAAAGCCAACAGCGUCAAGGAGUGUGAUUUAAAUUAGCGAUGUAAAACCAGUUGUGAGAUUGAGUCGGAAAAGAAAGCAAAAGCAUAAUCUGAACCAUAUACCAUCGCACGCGCACACACUCGAGAGGCGAAGAGGGAACCACGAAGUUAGAUCACAAGAUAGAGGUGGCUAUCGAACAAUUCGAACUCCUCCCGCUCUCAAUCGAGAGGAGUAUGGAUGCCAGCGAGUUCGCCAACUUCAUCGCCCGGGAACUGCUAAUGGAGCAGUUCGGGGUGCACAGCGGUGUGCCAACGCUCACCACGGCAACUCUGACGCCUACGACGCUGAAGACCAUCGAGCAGACGUUCAUCGAGGCGACAAACGACGCCCAGAUAAACCUGCCAUACCAGGCCGGGUUCGUGCCACCACCGUAUCCGAUGGAAGAACACAGUCAGGACGGUGGCGUUAGCCAAGAGUCGCUCAGCUCCACCUCGAACGGGUCGUGGCACAUCUCAGGCUCGCACGGGUACACUGCAGAUGAUCUCGACUCGAAGUCAUCGGCUUCGCUCGAACAACCUCCAGCGGGUAGCAGCCUAUCAGCACCGACCGGAACGCGUGCUCGACGUUCCGGGACCUCAGGUGGAAGUAGCAAGAGCGAAACAACAGGACUACUCGGAUCGCUUGGAUCAUUCGCGAUCGGUACGUCUGGGACGCCACCGGCCAGUAGUGCGGCUGGAUCACGUGGUACCGGUAGUGGUGGUCGUCGUAACGUCGGUGGACGCAGACCUCACAAGCCGUCGAAUCUGUCACCUGAAGAAGAGGAAAAACGCCGGAUCCGGCGUGAGCGGAACAAGCAGGCUGCGGCUCGGUGCCGAAGGCGCCGUGAGGACCACACGAACGAUUUGGUGGAUGAAACGGAUCAGCUCGAAAAACGCCGACAGUCGCUGCAGCAUGAAAUCCAACAGCUUCAGCAGGAGAAGGAUGAACUUGAGUUUCUGCUCGAAUCGCACCGAAAGAGCUGCAGCCUGCAAGCAGGAGCUCGACGCAGCCCGAUCGAGCUGAAGCCCACCGAGCUGGAGGGGAUCUCGCGGUUUGUGUUGCCUAAGAUCAAAACCGAACCUGAGGAGGAAUUCGCGCAACAGCAACAGCAAUCCUCCCAUCAGCAUUCGAGCCAGCUCCAGGAACAGCUGAGUGACGCCUCCGAACACCAGCAGCCGGCACAGCCGAGCUCUCGGCCAAGUACUAAGAAGAUCAAACUCCCGACGAUCAUGAGCGACAGCCUGGAGACGCCAACACCGACCAGUAUCCUGGCCCCACUAAUGGCCGGGUUCGGUACCAGCAAACCAACCAUGGUGACGUCGGUGGUGGCCUCGAUGGCGGCUUCGAUGGCAGCGAACAGUGUUCGACCGGCACGACCUGACAGCCUGGACGUGAAGUCAGCUGCCCAGUACCCACUGCUAACCCGCUCGGACGUUACGGGGGCGAUGGGAAUCUCGACGCCCUCGAGCGGGCUCUUCAACUUCGAGAGCCUGAUGGAGGGCGGUACCGGUUUGACACCGAUUGCCGCCCCGAUCACCUUCCCACCGAACCGGAAUCCGCUCGAGUUGAUCACACCGACAAGCACGGAACCGUCGAAGCUGUGCAGCCUGUAGGAAGCGGCAAAGAGCUGGCCGCGAACGCCACUGUUGCCUUCCGUGGCACUGCGCGUAGAACCCGUUUCACGCUUGGUAGCACCUAGCACUUGGACCGGCAGAUAGCGCCCCUCAUCCGCAGAUCUACCUCCGGGAGGCCGGGAACGAUCCAGGGUGUCAAUGAGAGUUCACCACGACUCCGCACGUGCUGUUAGGAGAUGUUUAACGCAUCUGCCAAACAUGGAUUAAGAGGAGAGACCUCAGCGCUCGCAAAAGGACAAUGUGACAAAUGACAAAGGGGAUAGUGUGUGCAUUAGCUAUCAUUUUGAUCCUGAUUCGAAUCAUGCUACGGAUUCGGAAUUUUUGAUGAAUCUUGCAUGCAUGCGAGAGAAAUUAUUGCUCAAAACAGAAUGCCGUCGAAUGGCUUUUGAGGGCCUUGUUUUAUUCACUAACAAGAUUUGUUAGCAAAGAAGUAGGCAUCUGGCAUGCCCCGACUAGCAUCGGGGAUGACAAGUUCGCUUGACUGAUACGCGCACACUGGCAGAAAAGAAAAUGAGAUAAACGGGCUACGCAUGUCGAGGAAAGACCGCAUUCUCAGUCUUAUCGCGCAUGAGUAAAGCCAGUAAACUUUUUAAUACUUGCAACUUUGCUAACACAGCAAAGAUAAAUUUCCGCUGAACAAACAAAACUGGUCUCGAUAUCAAAUCAACGUUGCUUCACUAAAUAGGAACAAAGCACUUGAUAUGUUUCAUCAGUUUUCAAAUAUGACCCCUAUUUGCCAGCUCGUACAUAACGUCUCAUAUAAAUAUGAGAUACUGUAUUUGAGCGAUCAAAGGAAAUGCUUCGAAAAAUAACGUGAUUUUUAUCAGCAAAUUUUAUAACAAAAUUAUUUUUUAAUUGUAGUUUUAAUGGGUCAUGUGCUGAUAUGUUUGAACCGUAUCAAGUAUUGUUGAAUCUGGUCAAUUAUAGAAUGAGAUUUCAUUGAUGAAUGAAAUCCCAUUAAUAGGGCAAAAGCUCACAUUUUAUUAUGUUUUUUUAAUGACAAAUCAUGCAUUAUGAUUUGAUACUGCUGAAAGUGGAUUUUAUUUUAGAGGGCCCUUCCAAACAAACUGUACAUGUCGGUUAGGGUGCCUCCGUUGUAUGUCCCGAAUACCUUACAUCAAAUGAUACCUGAAGCUUUUCUUUACAUAUAAUAAACAUUUUCUCACGUGCGAUGUUAUGGCAUGAUGAUCUUUUUAUGAAGGAUUUGCCUUCGACGCGCCUUCGGCGGACCUUGGCGUUGGUGGAGUAACUAUAAAUGAUAAUAUAUAGGACGCUGUUAUCAUAAGCUCGAUCCACAUUCGCAAGCAACUACUUUACAUGGCAUCUGAAACAUCCAAAUGUGUAACGUCUGUCGCAACAACGUGCAAUCAGUGGCUGAUAAGAGUCUAGAAGGAAAGUCCCAUGGGAACUCAGCACCGCAAUAGGGGUUUAACGCGCAAGCUCGCCGCAAGAAUAGGAUAGUGGUUCAAUGCCUAAUCCGUAAUGCCUCAAAUAGCGAUAAUAAUAGUAAUACGUUGUAAUAUUACCUUGUACUAACGAAUAACGAAGGAUGAUUGUGGUUUUCAUAGGAUUACGCCGGUGUGUACGCCGUAAAUGAACCAGAGUGAGAUGUAGAGGGCGUUAGUGUACAGAUUCCGAGGCAGUUGGGUACGACUGGACACUGCUUGUCCCGAAAAUCGAAAUGUAUGCGUCAAUAAAGGAGGAGAAUCAGUAUAUGUAGCUGCAUAUAUCUGCAAGAUAAGCUGAACGGCUGGAUAGACACAUAACACAACCCAAAACUAGUUCGCUGGAAACGAAAUUGGAGCGAAACAUAAGCCAACCGCAAGCGAAAGAGACACUUUUUAAUUCUAAGAGAGCGAAUACCGUGAUAUGCAAUUUUUUUCUUUCUUUUUCGUUUGCGUUGUACACCUACAUACAUUUAGGGCAAAACUACAUUCAUGAUAGUUUUUUCUUCUUCUGCUGGCACGCGUCAACGGCUAACGUGUAUCAUAGGAAUUCAUUGACAAGAAUGUUUGGAAAGUCCUGACGGAUAGUAGAAGGGGCGCAAAAAAGUAGAAUAAAAAAAAGCAUGCAGUAUCAUGCAGGCCGGACGCGGACAGGCACAUAGAGCAUAUUUACAAGCGUUUAUACAUAUACAUAUAUAUAUUUUUUAACAUAUACUACUAUUACUACUUCGGUGCCAGAUUGUGAUUUGCCAGUUAUGCACGCUGCCUGGGCAACGAUUAGGAUUUAGGUGUCGAAAGACGGGACGGUCCGUUCCCUCGCGCUCGUCGAAGCACCCGUGAAGCAUGUAACUUUUACGUUAAUUCCCUGUCCUGUAAUUUGGUUCCAAACUUAGAAUUUCGCUCAGAGGAAUACCUAAUAAAGAGGAAGUUAUAUU